GGGGGGGGGGGGGGCUUUGAAUCUCGGGAUUUUUCUUGCUAAAACCCUUGAAAUUAUGGAGGUGAUGCAGUGUUUUUUGAGAAAUUGAGUACGAAUAAUCGUUGAUGGCGGAGAAGAAGAAGAUGAGAAGCGAAGCCAGUAGUAGUAAUAGUGGUACCAGCAGCGGGGGAAAUAACAGAGGCGAAAGCGUUGUGGUUGAUGUUGGCCGGCGCAGAAGCUCCUGCGGCUAUUGUAGAUCCGGUGGACGUACCAGUAUUUCCCAUGGUCUAUGGGCACAGAGUCUUACAGUUGAUGACUAUCAAGCUCUUCUCGACAAGGGUUGGAGAAGAUCUGGUUGUUUCAUGUACAAACCUGAGAUGGAAAGGACAUGUUGCCCUUCUUAUACAAUCCGUAUGAAAGCAAGUGAUUUUCUUCCUUCCAAAGAACAACUUCGAGUAUCUAAGCGGAUGCAAAGGUUUUUAGAUGGCUCAUUGGUUGUGAAAAAAUCAGAUGAGUUAAUGGAAGACUCAAAUACGUCUAAGGAUUCAUGCGGCCGUUCCCAUCAUGAAAGUACAAGCUCAGCUGUGGAGGACCCCUUGACGGCUAAUCGUGAAGAAAAGAGCAAAGAAGAACAAUUUCUGCAUUUUUUGUCAGAUCAGAUUGAUACUGCAGUAUGUGCAUGUGGUGAUAGUCGGGAAUUUCCCUGUGAUAUUCAGUUACCAAAAGCUUCUGUAAAAAAAGUUGCACCAGCCAAAAAGAAGUUACUAGUCAAAGGGACUGAGGAUCUGUUGUACUCCAGCAAUAUUUCAUUCCAGAUGGCAGCUGUUUUAAGGCGAGCUGCGAAGGACGUUCACUUAUUAAAACUAUCAAGUCACGGUGCUGAAGAAAAUGGGCAAUUCACUGAGCUUACGCCAAAAGUGAUUGCAGAAAAACUGGCAAACUAUUUAAAGCAGCUGGAAGAAACCUCUGGUUUGUUAAUCAGAGCUUGCAAUGGCCACAUUAAUUUCUAUUCUACUAAAAGACAAGCUUGGUUAGAUGAUAUAGUUGGAAAAGGUACAGUCUCUAAAGAGUCCCCCCAAGGUAGUGGAGGUAAAGAGAACCUUUUGAAGAAGAGCUCCGGGUGUCUUCCUGGAAAAAAACAUAGGCUUGAAAUUCAUUUGAAAAGGUCCACCUUUGAUCCUGAAGAAUAUGCAUUGUAUCGGACGUACCAGCUUAAAGUCCAUAACGAUACACCAGAACGUGUUACAGAAAGCUCGUACAGGAGGUUUCUAGUCGACACUCCCCUGAUAUUUGUUCCAUCAAGUGGUGAUGGUACAGUUCCUCCUUGCGGGUUUGGCUCUUUUCAUCAGCAAUAUGUACUCGAUGGUCGGGUGGUUGCGGUUGGUGUGAUUGAUAUCCUACCUAUGUGUUUGUCGAGUAAGUAUUUGUUCUGGGACCCAGAUCUUGCAAUCCUAUCACUAGGUAAGUAUUCAGCCCUGCAAGAAAUAUCUUGGGUUAAGGAGAAUCAAGUUCAUUGUCCCAGCCUUCAGUAUUAUUAUCUUGGCUACUACAUUCACUCUUGCAACAAGAUGAGAUAUAAAGCAGCAUAUCACCCAUCUGAGCUUUUGUGUCCUCUUCGUUACGAGUGGGUUCUGUUUGAUGUUGCAAAGCCAUUGCUUGAUAGAAAACCAUAUGUUGUAUUGUCUGAUUUUUCUACCUUACAAGAUGGAGUGUCUGUGGCACCUAGUCAUCUUCAAGAUCAUAUGGAACUGGAAGAUGAUGACUCUGGUCAAGAAGAAUCGCAUGGCUUUCCUAUUGAUGAUGAUGAUGAAAUGGCUGAACUUGAUGAUGAAGAUUCUGAUUAUGAAUUGGGCCCAGAAACCAGUUGUUUGACACCAUUGGAAAUAGCCGGUGGAGAUGUUGGUAAUAUUCUGAUCGGGUUAAAGGGAUCUCAUCUGAGAUAUAAGGAACUACAACAAGCAUUUGGUCCCAUCGAAAGAAGUUACUUGGAAACCCAGUUGCAGAGAUACAUGAGUGCGGUGGGAGCAGAGCUCUCUGAGCGAAUGGUUUAUUCUCUUGGAUGAUUCCUCCAAAAUUUGCACCAUUUAAGGGAUCUCGUUCAAAAAUAAUCGAUUUAUAUUGGACAGUUGGAACAAAACAUAUCUGCAGGAGCCAUCUCUGUUGAAACUGGAGAGUUAAAGUGAGCUUUUUAUGAAGUCGUUAUUUCUUGAGGAUUAUUUCAAGUACAAACUGUGGGGUUGUCUUCAGUUUGUAAUUUAGACAUUGACAUUAUCUGCCCGAAGUGUUUCUUCUUAAAAUUCAAGUCCACAAUCUUAUGGUUAAUUGAGUAACCAUGACUUCGUGUACUGAUUGUCUUAUUUUAUUGUUUGGGUUCUUGGGCGACGGUAGCUCAACUUGAAGCCAUCUUGUCUGAUACUCGUGUGUGUGUGUGUGUGGUCUGGAGAAAGCUAUAGGAUUUCCUAAUCCUCCCGGUAGCUUGGAGUAUUAAAAGCAUGACUCUUGCUUUUCAAUUGACUGUUUUUGCAUUAAUUGUGCGCAUGCACUUGUGCGUGUUUCCGUAGUAGGAAUGGAAGGAGAGAGUUUUGGUUGUUUUGAAGUUUCGACUGCUCUGAAUGGUAUCACCACGCAUAAACUAUUUCUGUUGCCUUAUCGACUUCUCGGAAUCAUACAAUAAAUAAUAUUAAG